AUGAGUCAAAUCCGAGAUCUCGCACGCGCGGUCAGCGCACAUUCAGAGAUACUGACCCAGUCAUGGCAUGCGAACGAGGCGCAUGGACUGUCGUCUGCCGAAGGUCGCCGUACCACCAUCCCGCCCUUGGACGAGAAGGGUGAGGAGGCGAGAAAUCAACUCAUUGGUGCCCUCAGAGAACUCGAACAACUUGUUCUUGGGCCGAAAGAUACCAUGCAGACUCUAUACUACAAGAGCGCCGAAGCAGGAGUAGUCCAGGCUCUUUGUCAACUUCAAAUCCCUCGACAUGUUCCGUUGGAUGGAUCGAUCUCCUAUGAAGAGCUGUCUGCCAAAGUUGGUGUCUCUACCGAUCGUCUUAAGCAUUUGGUCCGCGUUGCCGCCGUGUGUUCCAACUUCCUUGCCGAGACUGCAUCGGGAGAAGUCAAACAUAGCAACAACUCGAUCAUCUGGCAACUUGACCCACUCAUGGCCAAUGGCAUGGAAGUGAUGCUCGACCACCUGCCGAGUUCCUCGUUCAAAUUGGGAGACGUCUGCAUCGAGGACCCCACGGACGAGAAAGAGACAGUCUGCGGCUUCAGCCUCGCCCGUGGUCAGCCACUGUAUGAGUAUUUGGAAAACCACCCCGAUCAGGGGCGUCGAUUUGCAGCGCAUAUGCGUGCUCAAGCGGCGCAAUCGGGCGACGCCGCCAUCCAAGGAUGCUACGACUGGCAUUCUCUGAAGGGAAAGACGCUGGUGGAUUGCGGUGGCUCUUUUGGCUCCGUGGCAACUGCCAUUGUCCGUAAAGAACCUGGUAUACGAUGCAUUGUUCAGGAUCUUCCCAAGGUGGUCAACUCGGCUAUCGCAGCGACCGCCAAAGAUCCUAACUUUCCUCACGAAUCCGUGAGCUUUGAAGCCCAUUCGUUCUUGGAGCCUCAGCUGACAGUGGCGGACGUCUAUCUCUUCCGCAUGGUCUUCCACAAUUGGUGUGAUGCUGGAGCUCGCCGCAUCGUCCAGGCGUUGCGGCCGGCAUUGCGCCCUGGUACCCGGGUGAUAUGCAUUGAAUACGUGAUGCCGUCCAUGGGAUCCGGACCACACUACGCCGAGCUUGCCACACGCCGACUGGACAAUGUUAUGUUUUCGCUGAUGAAAGGCAAGGUGAGAGAGCUAAGCGAAUUCAAGCAGCUCUUUGAAUCUGCGGAACCAAACCUGGUGUUCAGGAGCUUCAAGGCCGGUCAGUUGAGGGCCACCCAUGAUCCUCGCUGCCACUCGGUUAUGGAAUGGGUGUAUGAACCCAAGGGCGCCGGAAGUGCUGCAACGGUGGUUGAGCACGGGGAGGGUGCGUCGAUUGCAUGA